CCCAGGGCCUAUGCGCAGGGCCCAGAGCUCUUUCUGCCUUCAAGAGGAGACCUCUUCAUCGGGACAACGGAGGAGGCUCAGCUCCCGGUUUCCUGUAGUCCGGGGUUCUGAAUCCUUCAGCCCUGGGGAUUCCCCCCGCCAGCGUUUCCGUCAGCGUCGCCCUGGGCCUUUGGGAUCACCCGGUUCUGGAAACAGAGGAUGGGAUGGCUCAGCUGAUAUCUUGGAGGGACCAGAAGCUGUUGCUGACCAAGCGGGUCCUUUGGAACAGGAGCCCAAGAAGGCUCCUCUCACACCGUCCCUCAGCCAGUGACCCAGCUCAGUGAGUUCAGAAGCCCAGAGGACUGGGAGGACCACACCAGAGGGAGCGCCCACAGCCCAGGGCAUAUAACAUGGCUGGGGAUGGGAAGGGAGCCUGUGACUUGGGGGAAGGCUGGGCCUACCUGCUUGUGUGAGGGCUUCAGGAGGGCUGCCUCAGGCCACAGAAGCCCUUUUACCCCAAGCCUAGAAGCAUGUGGCUGGGGGAUUGGGAGAGCCCUGGACCCUGGCAUGAAGAAGUGCAAUGUGGGCAGAAGAGGCAUCUUUGAUGUGAAGCUCACCUGGCUUUGGAUUCUGCUCCAUUCCAUGGAAUUUAACCCCUGUAUAUUAAACACUUCCCCUGUACAAGGCCCCAUUUCUGUUAUUUAAACCCUUGCUUUGUCUUUCGCAAGACAGGAAUAAAGCUUGUGAUUGAAGGCAGGCUCCUGCCUCUAGCCUCUCCCCGGAUAAUCUGAUGGGACAUGAGGGUCUGGUUGGUCCCAGAAAAAGUGUUGGUUUCAUCUGUUUUGGGAGGAUUGAAAUAAUGCCCGAGGAGACUGGAAGCAAGACAAACUGGAUCCUGUGUGUGUGUAUUUGUAGAGAAUGAGGCUUCUCAUAGGGUAGAAUGUGGGCAUGGACGAGGGUUUGGUGUGAAUGCUCAGGGUCCUCUCUCCUGGAUAUGGGAUAGGGAGGAGAGAUCAUCCCUUGUGAAUGGGGGUGAACCUAAGCCUUUUGUG